AUGGAGCGUGUGCGCAAGAUCACCAUUGGACUCGGCUCGCCGCCGAUGAGUGCUCGGGUGCAUAUGGAGGCUGUUGACGACAACGCUGUGCGAGUGAUGGCAAGCCUCUGUCCGUACCUGACUGCUAUCGAGCUGCAUGGAUGCGACGGCGUGACGAAUGCGGGACUCUUGGCGCUGGCUCACGGUGCUGAAAUGCUCGAGCGUGUGUCCCUCCCGAGCGGCCGCAACAUCACCGCGAAAGGGCUGGCGGCACUCGCGGCCUGCCGCUCGCUGAAGGAGGUCCGGAUCUCAUGGGCGGAGCACCUUGGUGACGACGCGCUGGAAGCAUUGGCAGAGUGCACAAGCUUGACUACUAUCUCGCUCGACGCGUGCACAGGGGUGGGCGAUGCCGGCGUAGCAGCGUUGGCGAGCGGCUGCGGCUCGGCGCUAACCUCGAUUACGCUCUCCGGGUGCGAUCAGGUGGCCGACGGAGGCCUGCAGGCGCUUGCAGACGGAUGCCCCCGUGUGACUAGCGCGGGCAUCAUCGCGCUUGCGGACAGCUGUCCUCAGCUCACAGCAGUCGACGUCUCCGACUGCGAGCGUGUCGGGGACGAGGCGCUGGCGGCACUGGCGAUCGGGUGUCCCCGCCUCGAGACGCUGCGAGUGGCGAUGUGCCCAAGCGUGAGCGCGGCCGGCCUUCGUAAGGUUGUGGAUGGGUGCAGCGCACUGCGAGUGCUGGAUGUGACCGACUGCGCGCGGAUUGACGACGAGGCGCUGGCGGUUCUGGGUGGGUGCCGCGCGCUCGCGCAUCUUGACCUUUCCCGCUGCACACAGAUCACCGGGUCGGGUCUAGCGGCGCUAGCGCACGGCAGCGCUGCGCUCGCCAAGAUCAGCCUGGAAGGAUGCACCCAGGUGUGCGACGCAGUGCUUGAUGUUGUCGCGCGCUCGCUGCCGUCUGUAACCGCGCUCGAUCUGACCGACUGCCACCAAGUGACCGACAACGGCGUCGAGGCGCUCGCCAGUGGGUGUCCGGGCCUGGUGGAUGUGAAUCUGACGGCGUGCGCCAAGGUGACGGAUCAGGGCAUCAUCUCGGUCGCGGACGGAUGCAGCGGGUUGGAGCGGAUCUCGUUCCUCCAGUGUCCGCUCGUGACGGACGCCAGCGUUCGCGCGCUACUGGUUCUGAAGCGGAUAACCCCGCGGCUUGUCUACACUUUGCCCGUGGUCAUUGUGGGCGCGGGCGAGCUCAAUUUGGAGACGCUGGACCAGUUCCUGGCAGCGGCCGGAGACGAGCGAUGCGGCGCAGUGGACGAGGCGAGCUCGACUCGGCACGGGGAGCGUGUGGCGAUUGUGGCUGUAGACGGCGGAAUGGAUGCAAUAGCGCAGGCUCGACCUCAUCUGGCGGUUGACGCGCUUGUUGGCGAUCUGGACUCUGUUUCCGACGCCGCCGAGUGGAAAGCGGCGGGCGUGCGGGUGGUCGGCUUGACCGAACAGGAUACGACCGAUUGCCACAAGGUGCUGCGGGUGGUACAUGCGCCACUAGCGCUCAUGGUCGGGUUCGAGGGGCGGCGGGUGGAUCACUUGCUUGCUGCACUGUCUGCAGUGGCUUCGGCGGAGCAGCGAGCGGUCAUGGCUGUCGGAACCGACCUUGCCUUUCGCUUGCCGGCCGCGGACAGUGGCGAGUCGUUUGCCAUCGACCUGCCGCCGACCACCCGGUUCUCGCUCUUUCCGCUCGGCCAUGUCGCCGGGCUGGUAUCUACGGGCCUACAGUGGCCGCUUGAUGGGAUAGUCUUUGCGCCUGCCGGCAUGCUCGGCACCUCGAACGCGGUGGUGGCCGGCUCGGACUCGGUUGGCACCUUGGCCCAGGACGACGGCCAGGCGGUCACUGUCCGCAUCACCGCGACCGAAGCGACCGGACCAAUGCUGGUCAUUCUUGGUCUCGCUCACCUCGAUGCGGCAAUGAGCCUGUGCAACCGCCCACACUCGACUACCAUGCUUUCUUUGUCGGACGCCGCCUCGGCAAAUUCAUCAGAUGCAGAUGCAAACGUCGACGAGUACGAUAACGCCAGAUCGGACGACAUGCAGUCCGACUCUGGCAGUGGCAAGGACAAGCGCAAGCGUAUGCGAAAGGGCAAGAACAAGAGCAAGCGCGGUCAAGAGCAGAAGCAGAAGCAUGCACGCGACGCCGAUGCCGAUGCCGAGGCGGGUGAUCGCAGAAGCGUUCCGCACGUACCAUCCGCGAUGGCGGCGGAUCCGGCUGCGAUGGCGGCGAAGCCGAUCGCAGCUAGCGCGUUCGUCAUGGUCGAGCCAGCAGCUGUAGCAGCUGCAGCAGCGUCAACGGCAUCAGACGCGUCCUCGUCUGACGAGUCGACAUCGUCGGAGAAGCCCCCGCGCAAGCGCACACGGAAGUCGGUGACAUCGCGGCGCACUUCAGAUGCGGCGACAGCGCAGGCGCACAUGCACCUUCUGAGCGAGAUUGCGGGGCCGUACUUUGGCGAUUGCGGGCUGGUGCCCGGCGUCGAGAUUGCACCCGCGCAGUCGCAGGGCGGGGAGCGGCCGCGGGUGAUCGGACUCAGCCAGUUCCACAUUGCCCCACAUCUAGUGCCCAACCUCUCUGUCCCGUUCACGCUCGAGUUCUCUGCGAGCUACCCCAGCGGCCAGCCAGCGUUCUCGUACCGGAUCAGCACGCAUCCGGCCGCCCACCCCGCGCCCUAAUCCGUGAUUCCUCUAGCGCCGAUCCCCCUCCACUCCAUCUCCCACGCGCCAUCCCCCCAAUCCCCCCCGGAUGAACCAAAGACACCAAACCACCAGUG